AUGGUCAAAAAGGAUGAGUUGCGACCCUGGCUCGCGUUUCUCGAACAGUCUACAUUAUAUCGUUACUAUGGCAUCACAAUCAGUCGAGAGAAGAUGGACAAAGUGUGCCAAAACCUGGCAGAGCCGAGCAACGAGAAUUGCGAACAUGUAGACUGCCCAGAAGACCACAACAAUCCCAUGGAGGCAUCGCUGGCCAUGUCACUCGGUCAACAGACACUUGUAAUUGACGACAGCAAUGUUCUUGUAAUAGCACCAAGGGAAGGUGUAACACCACUGAACAUUGCGUACGAUGAGCAUGCGGAGGAGCUGUCGUUCCCUCAAAUCUACCUCGGUGAGCCUCGAAACAUCAACCCAGCCAGCAAGCCUAGCGUGUACACCAUGGCAUCGAGCGAAUGUCGGAGAACGGACCGAAGAGGUGCGCCAGCUUGCCACGUGCUAUAUAUGGCAGCCAAAGUGAUGCGCACGCGAAUUGCUUCGUCGGCAAACGUCUUCUUCAGGAACACGACUGGCAUGGGCGUCGUCACCAAGGCGCACUUGGAGGACCGACAAUUUCUCGAAAGCGCAGUGGAACACGACAUGGCGUUCAUGCAGGGUGUCCCAAACACAGUACAGCACUGGCAUCGGCGCAAACAGGACGUGUUCGCGAUGAUCCGCCAGCUCGGCAAGCCAACAGCGUUCCUUACUUUGUCAGCCUCGGAGAUACACUGGGAUGGAUUGAUGAAGCUAUUACAACGUCUGCAUAUUGAUCCGCACCAUCCUCAAGUGCCAUUCGAGCAGCUAAGGCUUUAUGAAAAGUCUAUGCUUGUGAGCGAUGACCCGGUGGUUUGCUCAGUGUACUUCGAUCACAUCGUGCGAGUGAUCAUGCAGAUUCUGCAGCACAAGACGGUGUCCCCGUUCGCCCCCUAUGUGGUCAAGGAGUACUUCAAGCGCAUUGAGUUUCAGCACCGGGGCAGUGCCCAUGCUCAUCUACUACUCUGGCUCGAUAAUGCACCCAAUGAGGACAUCGGUCCCGAAAUGCCCCAAACUAUCCGUAUGGACGAACAUUUGAUUUCUUUGGACGCUGAAAGCCUCCGAAGACCUCGAUGUCAGACUCACCAGCAUACGCAGACAUGUUACAAAAAUGGCCGAACCAAAUGUCGAUUCAACGCACCUUUCUGGCCGAUGGAGCAAACUCGAGUCAUUAUGCCACUUCCGCCUGCCCACACUGAAGAAGAAAAGAGAUCACAAAUGAAACUAAAAGAAAGGUACAGCAACAUUCACGCUGCUCUUGAAACGACAGUGUACGAUUCGAUGGAGCAUUUGCGUCAACACAACGGCAUUGCACAUGACCAAGAGUAUAUUGAAAUCAUACGGGCUGGCGUUUCUCGCCCGACUCUGAUGAUGAAAAGGGAUUGUGAUCAGGUUCACUUUAAUAAUUUCAACCCAUGGAUAGCCUCGGUACUGGACUCAAACAUGGACCUGCAAAUAAUCUUAGAUGUGUACGCCUGUGCCUCAUACGUGGUCGAGUAUGUUAAUAAGGCAAACCGAGGUAUGUCAAACCUGCACAAAGAGUUGCGAACAGUCGUGGACGAAUCUCCCGAAUCUAGCUUAACCUACGCGCAAGCUAUCCGACAGCUUAGCGUAAAGAUGUUGAAAGCAGUCGAGAUGUCGGUGCAAGAGGCGGCCUGGUAUGUGCUCGGCCUUGGCAUGUCACACACAAGUCGUGCCGUAGUCACAGCCAACACCGCGUGGCCGGAGCAGCGAGUCCGCAUCCGAAAACGUCGGGAAUUGAUGGAUCGUGAAGGGUUAGAUGAAACUAGCACGGACGUGUGGUGCAAGACUACCAUACAAAAGUAUGAAGACCGUCCGGACGAUCAAGCUGCAUUAACGUACGCCGAACACCUCACGUCAUUCAACAACGGCCGAAGGAGAGCGCAGCCUGCGGUUCUUCGCUACCACGCCUACCCACUAUCCGACGUGCUCAACUACAAGCGCGAGCACGUGCUCCUGUUCCACCCAUUUCGCCGCGAGGUAGAUAUCCUGGACAACAACAAGUUCGUUGACAUUUUUGACAAUUGCGUGUCACAAAUGCUGGCUGUGAAAGCUCGGUUCAGCAGUCCAAGCAUUGACCUUGCGGAAAUGGAAGAGAUGUGCAACAGCAUCAUUGAUGGCGAAGCUGCUCACCGAGAGGCUUCAGAGAGACAGACAGAGGCGGAACACACAUUGAAUGACCGACUUGUGGACUUAAAUGACGACUCUGACAUCCUAGGUGAGCCCGGAGAACAAACAGCCAUGCAGCAGGCUCAGGGUGACAGUACUCACGCGGCUGUCGCAAAAUGUCCGGCCGUCCAAAUGCGCACCGACGUCAUGCCCACCGACAGCUACUUGCAGCGUAUGAGAAUGAUGAAUGCAGGCCAAUUCGACAUCGUGCGAGAGGUAAUUCAUCGCCUUACCACGCCCGACUCGAAACCACUGCAAGUCUUCCUUACUGGAGCUGCCGGUUGUGGCAAAACUUUCGUUUUGCGUACAAUCAUGGAUGUGUAUAAUCGCUACUACUCAAGUGAAAACAGACAUGUAAGCAUCAACGCCUACGUUGCCUGUGCGACCACCGGAAAAGCAGCCGUUGCAAUCGGGGGGGUUACCUCACACGCCGCCUUCAAGCUAGUCAUAUCCGGCAAAAAUCCAGACAGGGGACUCAGCUCGAGCGACGCAAAUUCCUUUCGUUGCGUCUUCAGAGACAUCAAGUGUAUUAUAAUCGAUGAGAUUAGCAUGAUGUCGGCGGACACACUCGUGAUGAUUGAUCACCGACUUCGCACCAUCUCUUUAAAAUAUGCGGAACCCUUCGGUGGAUUCGACGUCAUCAUGUGCGGCGACCUGAGGCAGCUUCCACCAGUCAGGGCAGCUGAAGUAUACAGGCGCUCUAGAUUGCACCAAAGUGUAUUCGACUCGGAAAGUAUGCCUUGGCACAACCUCUCAUACUACCAACUCAAGGAUGUCGUGCGCCAGAGCGACGAGCGGUUUGCCACAGUACUCACGAAGAUUGGAGACGGGAGGGGACUCGCUCCGGAUGAGGUGUCUCUCCUGGAAAGCCGCUUUGUAACCACCGAAGAGGCCGCUAGGAAGUGUCCAUCCGGAGUGCGCCUCUUCUACACAAACAAAGAUGCUGAUGCCUACAACAUCGCAACUGCUGAAGCCUGCAACGAAUACGCAGUCCACUGCCCUGCUGUGGAUACCAUUUGUGGCCACAGGUCCCACGAAGAAUAUACGCAAGCAAAAUCCACAGUCGCCACCAUGUCGAAAACGGACAUGGCCAACUUGAAUCACAACAUACUGCUGUGCCUUGGUAAGCCCUACAUGGUUAUACGAAACAUCGAUGUGUCCGAUAGUCUCGUCAAUGGCAGUGUGGGGAUACUCAGGCACGUUCAAAGGGACACCGACAACAAGCCGCUACGCUUAUGGAUAGAGUUUCCCACCGGUGUGGGCUCAGCGGCCCUGCUAAAAGGGCGACGUUACCGGGAAAGCCAUCCCAACAUCCACGUCAACUGGGUUCCCAUCGAACUCAUUACCAUCGGGUGCCACUUAAAGGGAAAAGGACUGAGCCACAUAACCGUCAGGCGCAAACAAUUUCCUAUCGUCCAGGCGAGCGCAAUCACCAUCCAUAAGUCCCAGGGAGGCACUUACGAUGAGGUGGUUGUCGAUUACUCAAAGUCGUAG